AACCAGAUUUCCAUAAGCCCUUUGCUGUAAUGAUCAAUGUACAUUAAAGCAGAAGCAAAAAAAUGAAUAAUGAAUUGGGGGAAUCAGGUGCCUGAGUAAGAGGGCUGGAAUACAAAAAAAACAAGCCCCACCUGUACUUUCUCGACCUGAGAUCUAGUUUAGUGAUAAAAGCAGUCCUGCACAUAAGACCCAUACCAGGACCAACUUAAGAUUGAUAAACCUUUCUAUCUGCAGAUCCCUAGUUUAGAUAAAUUAGGAAAUGUAUCUAAACUAGGAAAUUUAUCUAAUACAUAAGGAAACUCUAUGUAUGCCCACAGGUAUACAUAGAGUUCGAAUUGUAUAUAUAAGCUAAAGAAAAACUUGUAACUUUGAGUUGGUCUGGUGGGCUACUCCAGCCUUCGCCCUGUAAUCAGUUGUAGAAAUAAACUGCCUUCUUUCCCAGUCUGUCUGCAUCUCAUUAUUAGACCACAAGAACAAGCAGCUGGACCCCAUUCAUCCAGAAACACUGUAAGAAUAGUGCUUCUACCAGAGGCCAGGACUUCCCUAGGAAGAUAAUCCGGAGUAGCAAGGAAAGCCGCCUCCAGAGCUCUGAGAACUGGCUCAACAGGUCUCAGGGUUGUUAUGUGGGCCAUCUGAAUAGGGGAAUCAGCAGCUGCCUGGACUGUCUUUUACUACUGCCUUCCCUUCUGUUUUUCCCAGGGUCCCUCAGCUACCCUAGAGUAUGUAUGGGAAAUCUCCCAUACAUUUCCAUCAAGAAUGAUUCCCAUCAGAACUGAAUCUUCUACCCCCGAUGCCUCUAUAUCCAGGUAGAAUACUCUCAUUUUCUCAGUUCAUUUGUUUUUCCCUAGGCCUUGCUGUUCCAGGGUUAGGGCAGCUGCCUUUGUCUUAAAACUUAAAUGUCUUUUUUUCCGCAGUUCUUAGCAGGAAACAGGCACAAUCAGAAAUUGUGACAGUAUCAAUGUAAUACCAGAAAUAACUCAUUCCUCUCGAAACUGGUCCAAUCAAAAGAGAAAGAAAAAAUAAAUCAAUUUACCACUAGACAUUUCCAUGCCUGGAGCUAUUUUUCUGGAGUUACAAGAAAACAUACUCCAGGUGACCCCAAAUAAAAGGGGGUGGUUCAAGUAUCAGCAUUGCAACCUGUAAGACUUAGGAUGGAGUGGAGAGGGUAUGGAAGGCUUAGAUCAAAUGUCCUGAGUGAGACAGGACCAGAUCGUCCCCAGUAUAAAAUAGCUGGGAAGCAGCUACCAUAGACUUUCCUAUUUUGGAUUAGACGAACCCUAGGCACACGAACUGAGACUAUCCAUAGCCCUUGGAUUAGUCAUGGCAUUGAGGAGGAGGAGAAGACGCCACUGGGCUGUGCCUGACAGGGAGUCUGGAGUUUCUGGUUUCCAAGCUCAGGAAGGCGGAGCCAGGGGAGGGGCCUCCAUGCAGUGGGAGGGCUGGAAGCUGGGGCAGGACCCAUCAGCUCUGCAAUGCUACACAAGGAGAAGCAACACAGAAGAUACCAACAGCCUCCUGAAACUCGCAAGAGUGGACACUCCAGUGUUGACUACCUAAGAUACUGCUUCAAAGAGGGCAACUCCCUUGUCAUUCUGACUCCUGGGCUUACACUACACCCCAGAGAUGGAGCAACUACUAGGAGUAAAACUUGGUUGCCUGUUUGCCCUGCUGGCUCUCACUCUGGGCUGUGGCCUUAUUCCUAUCUGCUUCAAAUGGUUCCAGAUUGAUGCAGCUGGAGGUCAUCACCGGCGGGUCCUCGGACUCCUGGGCUGUAUUUCUGCUGGUGUUUUCCUGGGAGCAGGGUUCAUGCACAUGACUGCUGAAGCCCUGGAAGAAAUUGAAUCACAGAUCCAGAAGUUCAUUGUGCAGAACAGAUCAGCAAGUGAGGGAAAUUCUUCUGGUGAUGCCAAUUCAGCUCAUAUGGAGUAUCCCUAUGGAGAGCUCAUCAUCUCCCUGGGCUUCUUUUUUGUCUUCUUUUUGGAGUCACUGGCAUUGCAGUGCUGUCCUGGGGCUGCUGGAGGAUCAACAGUGCAGGAGGAAGAAUGGGGUGGGGCUCAUAUCUUCGAACUCCACAGCCAUGGACAUAUACCCUCACCCUCAAAGAGUCCCCUGCGAGCCCUUGUCCUCUUGCUCUCACUCUCCUUUCACUCAGUGUUUGAAGGGCUAGCUGUGGGGCUGCAGCCGACAGUAGCAGCUACCGUGCAGCUCUGUCUUGCGGUCCUGGCUCAUAAGGGGCUUGUGGUAUUUGGUGUAGGAAUGCGGCUGGUGCAGUUAGGUACUAGAUCACGAUGGGCCCUGUUCUCCAUACUAUUAUUAGCUCUCAUGUCCCCCCUAGGUCUAGCCAUAGGGCUGGCUGUGACUGGAGGGGACUCUGAAGGAGGGUGGGGCUUAGCCCAGGCUGUGUUAGAGGGUGUGGCAGCUGGCACCUUCCUGUAUGUCACCUUCCUAGAAAUUCUUCCACGGGAGCUAGCUAGUCCUGAGGCCCCUCUAACUAAGUGGUGCUGUGUAGCCGCUGGUUUUGCCUUCAUGGCCUUUAUUGCCUUAUGGGCCUGAGAGAGUCCUGGCUUUUCUGAUGAACCUACUUACGAUGUGAUGACCUCUCUAUCCCCAGGGACACCGCCCAGAUGGCUUUGGCCCUCAGACAUUUUUUUACUGAGACUAAAUAACAUUCAAUAGGACUGGACUGGACCCCAGCUUUCCUUUACCUGAGAUCCCAUUUCUCACCCAGGACUGAGAAAAAGAUAUUUAGGUUGAGCAGCUAUGAAUUGGAGCAUUGGUACAGAGACCCCUCAGGUUUUGUUCUUGUCCAUUUAUGCUACUGUGUGUAAUAAAAUGCCCAUUUUACCCUC